UAGCGUUCGGGUCAUCAUCAGAAUCCACAGUUUCCGUUAACGCUCUCCAAUACAAAAUAACCACUCACUGAAUAUUCGGUCGAAGAUGUCCGCCGCCGAAGAAGCUAAAGUUCCCGCCGUCGAAAAGCCGGUGGAGGAGGUGAAGGCGCCGAAGCUUGCCAAGGAGAAGAAACCUAAGGCUCCGAAGGAAAAGAAGCCGAAACAGGCCAAAACUGCUUCUCAUCCUCCAUAUCUCCAGAUGAUUAAGGACGCUUUGAUUGCUCUGAACGAGAAAGGAGGAUCGAGUCCAUAUGCGAUAGCGAAGUACAUGGAGGAGAAGCACAAGGCGGUGCUUCCUGCGAAUUUCAAGAAGAUACUAGGUCUGCAACUGAAGAACCAAGCUGCGAGAGGGAAACUCGUCAAGAUCAAGGCUUCGUACAAGUUAGCCGAAGCCGCGAAGAAGGUGAAGGAGAGCACCGCCAAAGCGACGAAGGAAUCGCGUCCGAAACGAAACAAAAUCGCAACCGCCGUUGCUCCGAAGAAAACCGAGGCGGUUAAAAAGCCCGCGAAGAAGGUCGGGCCGAAGAAAACGAAGAAAGUGUCGACGCCUGCGAAGCCCAAGCAGCCCAGGUCCAUUAGGUCUCCGACCAAGAGGGCCCGUAAAGCUGCCGUCGCUGCGGCUUGAUGUUUGAUGUUUUUCUUGUUUAGUUAAAACUCUGGCAUAUAAUAUAUGUAGAUAUGAAAAGGUGUGUGUUAACCUUGUUGCACAAUCUUGAAUAUAGUUGUGUGGUUUAGGAUCGUAGAUAGUUUAGUGUUCUGCAAUGUUCGCUCUAAGAAGUGAUCAAUUGGAGAUGAAUUUUACUGUUAUCAAUCUCCUUCUUUCAAGUUGAUUGUUUUUCACUGUUGGUUUUA